UGGCCUUUAGGAGCCGCCGCCGAGAGAACCCCCGAAGAGUUCGCCCCUCUGCUCCCCAACCCGCGGCGGCAGCGAGCGCAGGGCGGCGCGGAGGCCGGGAGGGGGCGCUGUUGCUCGGAGCAGCCGCGGCGGAGCCCGCGCCUCCCACGCCGCUGGCCCAGCCCCGCCAACUUCCAACAUCCCGCAGUCGAGCGAGCGAGCGAGCGAGCGCCGGAACGAGCGCCGGGCAGCAGGCAGGGCGCGGCGAUUGGAGCACUCCGGGACACUCGCGGCCGGGACCUCGGGGCGGGUGGGGAGCAAGGCCCGCGUGCGGGGCUGCGAGGGAGCGCUCCGCGGCACCUGUUCCUCCCGAGCCGCCUCCCCAGCCUCUGACCGCGCCUCCCCGGCGCCCGCCCGCGCCCGCGAUGAACCCGGCGCUGGGCAACCAGACCGACGUGGCGGGCCUGCUCCUGGCCAACAGCAGCGAGGCGCUGGCGCGCGCCGUGCGCUGCUGCACCCCGGCGUCCGUGGUGACCGACGACGGCUUUGCCGAGAGCGGCCCGGACGAGCGCAGCCUGUACAUCAUGCGCGUGGUGCAGAUCGCCGUGAUGUGCGUGCUCUCGCUCACCGUGGUCUUCGGCAUCUUCUUCCUGGGCUGCAACCUGCUCAUCAAGUCGGAGGGCAUGAUCAACUUUCUGGUGAAGGACCGGAGACCGUCGAAAGAGGUCGAGGCGGUGGUCGUGGGGCCCUACUGACCUCCCGGCCCUCCGGCGGGCGCCUCCUCCGCGCCUCCCUUCCAGCCCCGCUGCACCCCUCACCACCUUGACGGGGCCAGGCAAACCUGUCGGAGUCACUCACUUCUCUGUACUUCCCUCUUUGGAGGAGCGACCACUUUGACUUCCGGGCUCGACAGCAGGUGGCAAAGCAGGGCGAUUAGGGCGCAGAACUUUGGAAGCUGCUACUUGCGUGGGAUGCAGGCAGACGGAGGAGGCCAAGGCCCUUCCCCUGCAGGUGGGCCAAGCGCUGGGGACAACUGGAGAGGGCGGGCGGGAGAGGCCCGGCGGCACUGAUCGCCUGCUGACCGGAACAGUGACCUGUUUAUACGCCACGCAACAAACCCAAUGGGUACACAGAUCCGUGGGCGGAUUCGCGCCCACUAUCUCUGCUCCCCUGAGCCCCGAGGGAAGCGCUGAUCCCUUUGAUUGUAAUGUGCUGUUUUAAGGGUUUUGUGUUAGUCUGCUUGAGUACAAAUAUUUGAUAAGUAUUUUCUGCCAUUGUGGCCUGUUUGCCUGCUGGGGUUAGAGUUUUGUCACUGUGGGAGUAAGGGUGGGGGGAGGGGGAAACUGCGAAUGUGAAUGGGGUAAAGUUGUUUCUUUUAGUGCUUUUCCAACUAAGUCUUUUGGGGGCUUCAGUUAAGCCCGCAACGAAGACUCAAAUAGAACUCAUAGCUCGUGACUGCACGGUUUACGCCACAAAAGUGCUCUUGAUAUCCGUGACACCGUUUUGACUUUUUUUCUUAUUUAAUAUUUCCUUAAUAAAUACAACGUUUAAGUGUU